GCUGGCCCGCAGGUCUGUGAGCUUAGCUCCAGGAGAAGCUGACUAGCAUGACCCAGGACAUGGGGCUUGAGGACAAACUGCCUGACUUGGGUGGCAGGAGGGAGUUGGACCAGAAAGAUAACGACAGCGGCAGCAGCUGGGCCAGCAGCAUCUCGGAGCUGGCGCUGUCCUCCAGCGGCGAGGAGUUGCUGCAGCGCCGCAGCCAGCCCGCCAGCCGCAGGAUCGAGGUGGAGAGCGAAGACGAAGCUUCUGAGCCAGAGAUGGCCCCCAGUCUGUCCGCGGUGCCCCUCAAGCCUAAACGGGGCCGGCCCCCCAAGAACAAGUCUGUGGAGCAGCCAAGCCAGGGGAAGGUGCAGCCCCCAGCCGGCACCCCCAAGUCCCAUGCCAGGAAGCCAGAGACCAAGGCGCCUGAGCCCUCCUCACCCAGGAGCAAGAAGAUCUGUGAGAAUGACUCUCCAGUGGAGAAACGCAAGCGGGGCCGGCCUCCCAAGGCGCACCGUGUCCCAAUCGCCCCCAGUGCUGAGUCUCCCCGCAAGCUGGGCCGACCUCCCAAGGUACGGUUUUCCCCGGUCGCCCGCAGUGCUGAGUCACCUUGCAAGCAGGGCCGGCCUCCCAAGGCACAGGGUUCCCUGGUAGUGGUCACCCCCAGCGGUGAGUUGCCUCGCAAGCGGGGCCGGCCUCCCAAGGCACAGGGUUCCCUGGUGGUGGUCACCCCCAGCGUUGAGUCACCCCGCAAGCGAGGCCGACCUCCCAAGGCACAGGGUUCCCCAGUCGCCCCCAACGCUGAGUCACCCCGCAAGCGAGGCCGACCUCCCAAGGCACGGGGUUCCCCAGUCGCCCCCAACGCUGAGUCACCCCGCAAGCGGGGCCGGCCUCCCAAGGCACAGUGUUCCCCAGUCAUCCCCAGCGCCGAGUUGCCCCGCAAGCGGGGCCGGCCUCCCAAGAUCAAGUCUCUGGAGCAGCUGAGCCAGGGGGAGGCGCAGUUGCCAUCCGGCACUCCUAAGUCCAACAUCAGGAAGCUGGAGACAAAGGCCCCUGAAUUGUUCUCACCCGGGAGCGAGACAGACGGCCGUGAGAGCAACUCCCGCCUCGAGAAACGCAAGCAGGGCCGACCUCCCAAGGUGCGCGGUGCCCUGGUCAUCCCCCAUGCUGAUUUGCCCCGUGAGUGGCACCGGCCCUCUAAAAACAAGUCUCCAGAAAUCAGCAAGGGGGAUGUGCAGCCACCACCCGGUGUCCCCACGUCCCAUGUCAUGAAGCUGGAGACCAAGAUGCCUGAACUCUCCUCACCAAGGAGCAGGACCUCAGAACUGCCAGGGGAGGGGGAAGCACAGCCUUCACCCAGCACCCCAAAGCCACAUGCCCAGAAGCCUGGAUCCAGUGCCCCUGAGCCAGCCUCGUCCAGGAGCAAGACAGUAAGCAGUGAGCAGCCUCUGGAGAAGCGCCGGCGGGGCCGGCCCCCCAAGGUGCCCUGGGCCCCGGCUGUCCCCACUGCUGAGUCACCCUCCAAGCGCAAGCGGGGCCGGCCCUCCAAGAGCCCAGCUUUGCCCCACAUGGAGGUGGCAGUUAUGUGCUCCGGGUCAGCCUCAGACCGUGACACCUCUGCUGAGAACGAGCCGCCUCUGCCUGGCCGCAAGAGGAGGAGGCGGUGGAGGAAGGAGGAGCCUGUCCUGGCCGGCAGCGAGAGCUCGUUGGAUAGUGAGGAUGGGGUGGCCCCGCUCUGGCAGAAAGAAAAGCCAGACUUGGGCAGUGAGACCUCGGCCCUGCUCCCACCCCAGAACGCCGCCCCUGAAGCAGAGCCAGAUGGCAACUCGUUGGGGGAAAGUGGUGCCUCUGAACACCCUCCAGCCCGCUCCACCCGUAGCACAGCAGCAGUUAGCAGUAGCAAAACGGGGCCCAUCAGUGGCUCACUCAGAAUGUAGAAAAGGAGAAGAAAAGAACAGGUCUAAAAAGAAAAGAGAGCAGCCUUUAAAUCUUCAAAUUCCCACACCACUGUCUGAUGAGGACGGUUUAACUCAAAGGCUUCGGUGUUCAUGGUCUGCUCCUUUCUCUCCUCACUCAACUCAGGGUGCUGAACUUGGUGCUGUUGCCUGUGCUUUGGAACGCUCCACUGGUUUCCUUGUACCCUUGCUUUGCUUUCCAAUUCUGCAUGGCUAUGUAAUGCCCCCACCGAAUUCCAGCCUUUCUAAUAAACCUGCCCCUGAUCUUGCCUCUUUCCUUUCCUACAUUGCUUCCCUCACUUCAUCCUCUCCCGUUGUUCUAAAGGUUUCCUAGAUUCCAAGGCCAGAAGAGACCAUUAUGAUCAGAUCCUAGUCUGACCUCCCGCCCUGGCCAUAGACUUCCCCUCCCAUCUCUUAUAAAUUGCUUGUCCUUCUGUAUUCUACGCUCUCCUCCUAGAAUUUUUUCUUACAUUUUUUUUGGUGCUUGCGUGCUUCGUCAUUUUAUUUUUGUGUCCCCCACCUCGCCCUUCUCAUUUCAUCACUUUUUUUGUUUAAAAGGUACUCUGUUCUUACCGGAGUCACUGGUAAAUUCCUAAACCUUGAAGUGCAGCUUCCUUGUUGGGAAUCAGACCCCAGUCUGCUGCAGGACAGGCAGUGAUAUUCACCGUUAAGCUAAUGAAGAAAGCUGUGUGGCUCCAUUUCAUUAUGAAAAUCUUAUCGCUAAUUCUUGUUAAAGCAAGUGCUCAGGGGGUGACAAGGAAGUGAUGGGCUCUUUCCAUAAGAUUGUGAGCAUUUCUGUUUUAGCAAUCAGUCUUGCAGAGACCGUACCUGAUUUGUAGGCUCUGCAGAGGUAGAUUGCCGUGUUGUCAGAAGCAAUAAAACAAGUGCAGGCAAAGAAGGAAUUAUUAUAGGACUUACUCUUAAAAUCUUACAAACCAAAACAGAGAGCCAUGGAGAGUUGCUCCCUUAUAUAAAAAGGGAAUGGGGCACUAAUAUGACUGGUGCCAGAGCAAAUUUUGAAAAUUUGAUUUAUUUGGUCCAUGGUGUUCCCUCAGGAGGAUAGUAAGGGACUGAUAAAACCAGGCAAAGAUUGGAGAGAGUAGGUUUGUAGCCAGAGAUGAUAAAUGAUGUGAAAUAGAAUAAUACUGUGACGAUUACUUGAUCUGUGUGCAAAAUGAUCUCAAAGUAAUAAGAACAGUGCUCCCCUUAAAACUCAUAAAAAUUCAGGGCCAUGGUCUACUUUGUCGAUUCAUUUUGUGGGACUGUUAUCUGCAAGUUAAGAAGGAAAUAAAUAUUUUUUGCUUCAGCAACGGCUCGUGUGUUGUAGUCCAGGUAUUCUCCUAUUGGGCCUUACUGGCAAAAUUGAAAUCAGAUUGAGGAACUAAUUUUACAGGAAAAAAAUCGUACGAAAUUAUCUUUUGGUGUUGGGGACAAAACAAAAGUUCCACAUUCCAUACUGAGCUCAGGACAGGUGAAAAGGAUGAACAGAAUAGUCAAACUGAUGUUGAGAAAGUUUCUCUCUAAAGGGAAGACACCAGGACAGUCUCAUUCCAUUACUUCACUCACAUGGCAACCAGGCUGCUUUGCUAGUGCAAGAAAUUGCAUUUUGUUUGCGAUAAUGACGCAUAGAAAAAUGAGACUUUCAAAACAUCUAUGAAAAAUUAAUGAUGCACAGGAUUGAGGGAAUAAAAAUGGAUGUUUCAUGCAAAAAUUUCAAAGACUACCUUAAACAAGCACAUGUGUACAUAGCUAACGAAUUGGGAAUAUCAAAGUGAAAAGCAAAAGUGUAUUUUGACAAAGAUAAAGGAAACUGACUGGAAAGUGGGAGACCAGGUCAUGCUUCUGUUAUGCUUAUUGGAGCAUAAUUUGUAUAAUAGAUGGCUUUCUCCCCAUUGAAUUGUGGGUAAAUUAAAUUCAUCUAUGUGUAAUCGGGUUACUGGAAAUAAGAGAUGUGUAUAAAGUUUAGCAUGCUACCCAACUUCAGCUGUUUUAGAGGUGCGUCGCCCAGACCAAAGACACCGAGAUAUAUCAGUGCACAGUGAAGAAACCCCCAGGCAUCGGAAGGGAAAAGAUAAACCUACAGGUGACAGAUGAGCCAGUUACACUUCCACCUACUAUGUAAGAACAACUGAGUAUGCAAUUGGCUAUAGAGAUGUUACAUGCCCUAAGGUUGGACCUGUGCUUGCUUACUGGUCUAACUGCUAUUUCAGUCCCUGGUGCUUUGCUUAAUAAUGUGCAGUUUAUGCAUAUAACUGUUGUUUUAAAUCUUUCUCAAUGGAAUAUUGCUGAAUUUGUCCAUUGUGUAAAAACAAAUGUAUUGUUGCUGUACGCAUCUUUGUUAUUAGACUCAAUAGCAUUUUAUCAGGGACAAGUGCAAAAUCUGGGAGCUGCUCAAGAAACUAUUACAUAGUCUGGUAUCUUUCAAAAUAGGCAACUCUGAAGUUUUGAUGGCAUUGUUGGUUCCAUUUUAGGAUUAGUUGGAUCAGGGAUGUCUUUUUCGAACAGGCGAGAUUUAGAAAAUAUAAAAAGACGCAUUAACUAUUUCAAGUACCAGGCAGUGGAAACAGUUUCUAAACCUAUAAUACGGCAUUAAUAGCCUAACUACUGAGGAAAGGUAGAGUGUGUGUGUGUGUGUGUGUGUGUGUGUGUGUAUAAUAAGCAUGACAUUGCUAAACUGUUCAGCUGGACACCAAAAUUAAUGAAUUAAUUAUAAAUAAUAGGAAAGAAAGGGAACAUGGCAUAGGUAAGGAGAUUAUUUGCACAACGUAUGGAAGUUAUGUGUUAACUGCCAUAACCAGUUUGUCAAGUGAUGUAGAAAUGGAUAAAUUUCCUGAUUUUUAUCAAUGACAAACAAUUAGCUAAAUGGUCUUUCCCUCAGUGUAUCUCAAAGGCUCUUGUAAACCAGCAAUGUCUUAAAUCCUGCAAACAGAUUCCCUUGAGCACAAUUUUUUAAUUUGGAGUCGUUGACACCUCAUCAUAACAGAGGUACUUGUUUAUCUAAACAGUCUUGGCUUCCAAUGUCCGAAUCUUAGUGCUGCCAUGUUUAAUAAAUUGGCAUUUGUCCAGUCACUUCCCUAGAAGAAGACAUCUACAGCUACGACGAGUGUCUGGAUGUACCAAAGCUACUGGUAUUUCAUUCAGCAGUACAAACCUGGAGCCCACCACAUGUAGCCUGCUGCCUUUGACAUCAUAACUCCUGCCCGUGGCCAUGCCAGCCUGACAUGGCUCAACGAGACAGGUGAACAAGAUGCUAUAGCUUCUUGUCCUGCAAAGCUCAUCCAGGGGUGACGACCAGCAGUCAGGGUGACCUAGGCUCUGGAGAGAUGGCAUUGCAUAGUAACCAGUUUAAAAAAAAAAAUGUAUAGAGACUUUGCUUGUGAUAUGGCCACUCCAGCUUUGUUUGACCCACAGUGUUGCAAGUCAAACCAUAAUGUGUAGGUCGGAACAGGCAUCAGUGAAUCCAUUAUCCACAGUGAACCCCAUCACCAGGAUGAAGUUUAAAAAAUACCAGUUGUUUAACCUAUACAUUGAUCCACUAACCUCAAAUGUAAAAACAUCAUUGGACUGAAGAGAGAUGCAUCUUACUCAGAUUAGCGAUGUCAUGCACAAAGCAGAAAAGACUCUACAUAAUCACAGGCAUGAUGGUAACUUAGAAAUACUUAUGUCUAAUGCUUGGAUAGAGAUUACUCUUAAGGCUUUAAUUGUAUUGAUUUUGUGUGUCAGUUUUUUUUUGUCAUGUGUUUUGCUAAAACAGCCUAAACUUAAUUUAAAUGCUUUCACAUCAGCUACAUGUUUUUUUUCCCCAGGGUUGUCACCUUGUUGCUAUAAUCUGGGGUGGGGUGGGGGGCGGCUAUUAGCCAAUAUCAUAUGUUUCUGACGGUUUUGUAUUUUCUGCACUUACGCUAAGUUCUGUAACUAUGAAGCAGACUCCUAGCAUGCUUUGUGUUCAUGCUAAGCUUACAGUUGUUGACUUGUGAUCCCUGAGCUGAUUUUGAAAGGUUCAUAUUUAAAAAGAAACUAUUAUCUCUUUGCUAGGAAUGGCUUGCUUACAGCCUCAAAUAACCUGGUGGGUUGUUUGGAAAAUGAGUUAAAAGCUGGUCAGACCAACUCCGUACACCAGGAUGACAGGAUAGUGGAAUCAUGUCUACUUAUGGUGUUUCUCCACUUACUGUUUCUUCCAUCUUCACCUGUGAUGCUUCCGGUGGUCUCCAUGAGGUUGUGAGCAUGUGCAAGGCAGGGAACCAUUUUGCUGUUUCCUUUUCAGUUGAGUAUUAAUUAGUCUUCAGAUCUGUGUGAGACCCACCAAUGUCAGUUGGUGUGAUAAAUUUUACGUAGCUGUGUGAGUACCGUGAUCAGUGACUUGUGCACUCUAAAUUAAUCAAAGACUAUGGAGUGAACUUUAUAUAACUUCUGGUAUUUGUAAGUGUAGGAACUGUCAAAUGAGAUGCAUGUUCUGUUAAGGUUUGCCAAAUAAUAGUGUACAAAAUACAGGGUAUAAAAUGACAGGAGUGAUUGGUGCAGAUGUCUUGGGUGAUGAUGUCGGUAAACCUUGAAAAACAGGUGGGGAAAGUAGAUAAGGAUAGGGAAAUUAGGUCUUUGAUGCGAUCGUGAGAUGUGGGGGGUUUUCUGCCUGUUGAAAACGCAGGAUAUAAAUAUGUCAACUAAGCUCAUGAUUUUGGAACAGAUUGAAAACUGCUGUGAGCCUGUAUCCCCAGCUGGUACAGUGCUAACCUUUGCUUUUCUGUAUUGUGCUGAUCUAUCUUUGCUUAAUAAACUGACCGAGCAUGGUUCGCUGAUGCGCCAUUGAUCAGUAAUUUAAA